CCGGAAGAGCUAGGUGUUUACAGCGGAACGUUUUCCGCCAUAAGAAACGACUGUAAAAAUAAGAAAACUCUGAAAGUGCGACGAAGGAUGGAUUCUCCAGCAAGAAGUGAAAGCUCCAGUCCUAAACAAAGAGAGAAAAAUGGACCUUCAGAGGAUGAAUCUAGUCCAGGAGCACAAAGACCCCAGCAGGCUAAUGACAGUGAGAGAGACUCUAGAAAGCAGUCCUCUCCUGAGGGCAGUUCCGCAGGUCGUAACCAGUCAAAGGCCUCUGACUCCAGCAGCUCAGACAGCAGCAGCAGCAGUGAUGAUGACGAUGAACAUUCAAGAGCGCUAAGGAAGAUUAGGAGCAGUGUUGCUCAUGUACAAAGAUCCAAGUCCAAGGAACGUGAUAGAUCUUCUUCCAGAGAGAGUAAGGGUUCCAGGAAAGAAGACAGAUCCAGGUCCAAAGAAAAAAGCAGAUCCAAAUCCACUGAAAAGGAGAGAUCAAGUUCCAAGGGACGGGAAAAGUCGAGGUCCAGAUCCAGGGAACAAAUAAGGUCAAGGUCCAGAUCAAAAGAACAACAAAGGUCCCGAUCCAGAGAAAGACAAAGAUCCAGGUCCAGAUCCAGAGAAAGACAAAGAUCGAGAUCCAGAGAGCGGAGAAGAUCUAGGUCUAGGGAACGGAACAGGUCUGGGUCUAAGGGACGAGACAGAUCCAGAUCAAGAGGACGGGACCGUUCGAGAUCUAGAGAAAGAGACCGGAGCAGAGACCGCUUCGACAGAAGACGCUAUGCACGGGAUCGCUAUCAUGAUCGACGUGAUGAUAGGGAUAGACGUUUUGAUCGACGAGGCAACAGAGACGAGGAGUCAGAGUUCAGGAGGCGGGACCGCUCUGCCUCCCCUACAGCGAAGAAGGAGCCAGAAGCAGCUGAAGAGCCCCCUGUCAAGAAGAAAAAAGAGGAAUUGGACCCAAUCCUGACGAGGACUGGUGGCGCUUAUAUCCCUCCUGCCAAACUGCGCAUGAUGCAGCAGCAAAUCACUGACAAGAGCAGCCUGGCCUAUCAGAGGAUGAGCUGGGAGGCUCUGAAGAAGUCCAUCAAUGGUCUGAUCAACAAGGUCAAUGUGUCCAACAUUGUAAACAUCAUCCAGGAGCUGCUGCAGGAAAACAUCGUCAGGGGAAGGGGUCUCCUGGCUCGGUCAGUGCUCCAGGCACAGGCAGCUUCCCCCAUCUUCACUCAUGUCUAUGCUGCUGUGGUGGCCAUCAUCAACUCAAAGUUCCCACAGAUUGGAGAGCUGAUCCUUAAGCGCCUCAUUCUAAACUUUAGGAGGAGCUACCGCCGCAACCUCAAGCAACAAUGCCUGACAGCUUCGAAGUUUGUGGCUCAUCUCAUCAACCAAAAUGUGGCCCAUGAGGUUUUAUGUUUGGAAAUGCUCACUCUGCUGCUGGAGCGUCCGACCGACGACAGCGUGGAGGUGGCCAUCUCUUUCCUGAAGGAGUGUGGACUCAAACUGACCGAGGUCUCACCUCGAGGAAUCAAUGCCAUAUUUGAGCGUCUCAGGAACAUCCUCCAUGAGUCGACCAUCGACAAAAGGAUCCAGUACAUGAUUGAGGUGAUGUUUGCCAUCAGGAAGGAUGGUUUUAAAGAUCACCCUGUCAUCCCUGACGGCCUGGACCUGGUGGACGAAGAGGACCAGUUCACCCACAUGCUACCUCUGGAUGACGAGUAUAACCCAGAAGAUAUUCUCAAUGUUUUCAAGAUGGACCCAGACUUCCUGGAGAACGAGGAGAAAUACAAAACCAUUAAGAGAGAUAUCCUAGACGAGGGCAGCAGCGAUUCAGGAGAGGAGGGAGAUGGCAGCGACGAAGACGAGGAGGAGGAAGAGGAGAACGAGGAAGGGGGAGAAGAUGAGAAGGUUACCAUCUUUGACAAGACAGAGGUCAACCUUGUUGCUUUCAGACGAACCAUUUAUCUUGCUAUUCAGUCCAGCUUGGACUUUGAGGAAUGCGCCCACAAGCUGAUCAAGAUGGAAUUUCCUGAUAGCCAAACUAAAGAGCUGUGCAAUAUGAUCCUGGACUGCUGUGCUCAGCAGAGGACCUAUGAGAAGUUCUUCGGCCUACUUGCUGGGAGAUUCUGUCUGCUGAAAAAGGAGUACAUGGAGAGCUUUGAGGCCAUAUUUUCUGAGCAGUAUGAUACAAUCCAUCGGCUGGAGACCAACAAGCUGAGGAACGUGGCCCGACUGUUUGCUCAUCUGCUCUACACAGACUCUGUGCCGUGGAGCGUGUUGGAGUGCAUCCGAAUGAGUGAAGAAACUACAACAUCAUCUAGCAGGAUUUUUGUCAAAAUCCUUUUCCAGGAGCUCUGUGCCUACAUGGGCCUCCCAAAACUCAACCAGCGGCUUAAAGACCCAACCCUGCAGAGUUUCUUCGAAGGUCUAUUUCCUCGUGACAAUCCCAGAAACACUCGCUUUGCCAUCAACUUCUUCACCUCCAUAGGACUGGGAGGCUUGACCGACGAGUUGAGGGAACACCUGAAGAACGCACCAAAGAUGAUCAUGACUCAAAACCAGGAAGUUGAAUCAUCCGACUCGUCGUCCUCCUCCUCUUCCUCAUCUUCAGACUCUUCGUCCUCUGAUUCCUCCAGCGAAUCAGAUUCUGACUCUUCAGAUUCUGACUCCUCCUCCUCCAGCAGCAGCAGCUCAGAUUCUGACAACAAACAUAGGAAGAGAAAGGUACGCGGUGAAGAGAAAAAGAAGAAAGAAAAGAGCAAGAAGAAGAAGGUGAAACUGGACAAGAAGCAAAAGGAGGGCAGGAAAGAUAAAGAAGAGAACAACGUGGAGAAGCAGGCAAAGAGGGACAGAAGGGAGCGUGAACGUGACUUGGACCAACGCACACGUGAGGACACCCGGGGACGUAGGCGAGAAGAAAGGCCCGAGGAAGAGGAGCGACAGGAGGAUGGCAGGAGACAGAAAAUGGACAGACAAAGAGAUGAUGCAGGUGAAAGGGACAGAGGGAGAGAUAGAGACAGGGAGCGAGGGAGGGAGAGAGAGCACGAGGAGAAGAGAGAGAGGGAGAGGGAUAGAGAGAGGAAUAAAGAGAACAGAGACAGGAACAGAGAGAGAGAGGAGAGGAGGAGGAGAUGAAACUAUGAUGGACUGAUGACUGACAGACGAGGGAAACUUCCAUCCCUCUCUUCUGUCGUCCUUCUUUACCCCGUCCCGAUUCCUUUGUCAUAAACUCGGACCUGUCAUCCUCUUUCCCCUUAAGUGAUUUUUCUAUUGUUGAUUUUUGUUGUUUAUAAAAUCAGGAUAAAAACAAAACAAUUAAAGUUGUUGUAGAUGUUUUUGAUUGUUUUUUUUUUUUUCUUUGACUUUUACUUUCAGAGAACUUAAUACUGUUGGAGCUGCAGUCACACCGACUUUGUAAGUUUAACAUAUUCGGCCCAGAGCUGCCAGCACUUGUUUCUGCAAUCGAUGGCCUUGACCUAAAUAAUCCAUCAACAUCGAUAUUUUCAACUAACUCCACUUUUGUAAACUGAUAAUUUUUAUAUGUUGAAGCUUUUAACAAAAGUAACAGCGGUUUCCUCCAAAUUGCUGCGUGUGAGGAAAGUCCCCUGCAGUCAGCAGCAUUACGUCCACAUCUGUUCACACUGAGCAGUUUGGCCCCGGGAUGUUUUAGCUGCGUCUGAGCUCCAGCUUCAAAGCCACCAUAGCUGAAUAAAGGGUUUGCUUCAUUGUCAAAAGAGCUAUUUUAUACAAGUUGAUCAAAGACCGAGCCGCUGUGAAGCAACGGAGUACUUAUAACACACUGGACACGUGGAGGUGUUUGUUGCAUACCGCAGCGGAACAGGUCAACGAAUGAAGACAUGACACCCAGGGGCUGCAGAUGAGCGAAUGACAAAGACUCCAGCACUGAUGCAUUGUUUUCAUUAAAUGGUUGAAAGUACCCAGUGAAGUUACAGACUGUUUGCUUACCUGCUCGAGUUGAUGUAUAGAAUUUGUGCUGGUUUAUUGUCUUGCAUUGGGUUUUUAUGUAAAAGACGAAGUACAAAAUGAUAAAGGAUACAUAUGGUUAUCAAUAUUUUUUUGCCAAUAAAAAUCUGAAAAGU